CAAUUUUGUCGCUCUGCUCGCACUAGCAGGCCACUCUCCGCCCGUGACCGUGCCCCUGCGCUCUUCUCCUUCGAGCCGCCACCGUAGAGAUGCUGCGCUGCGGCCUGGCCUGCGAGCGCUGCAGGUGGAUCCUGCCCCUGCUCUUGCUCAGCGCCAUCGCCUUCGAUAUCAUCGCUCUGUCCGGCCGCGGCUGGGUGCAGUCUAGCACCCACAUCCAGACGUCCUCGCUGUGGUGGCGAUGCUUCCACGAGGGGGGCGGCACCGGGUCCACCUCGGAUGGCUGCGAGAGCCUCAUGGACUACGCGUGGGGAAGGGCCGCCGCCGCCACGCUCUUCUGCGGCUUUAUCCUCCUGGUGAUCUGCUUCAUCCUCUCCUUCUUCGCCCUCUGUGGACCCCAGAUGCUUGUCUUCCUGAGAGUGAUUGGAGGCCUCCUGGCCCUGGCUGCUGUGUUCCAGAUCAUCUCCCUGGUAAUUUACCCCGUGAAGUACACCCAGACCUUCUCCCUUCAUGCCAACCCUGCUGUCAAUUACAUCUAUAACUGGGCCUACGGCUUUGGGUGGGCAGCCACGAUUAUCCUGAUCGGCUGUUCCUUCUUCUUCUGUUGCCUGCCCAACUAUGAAGACGACCUUCUGGGCAAUGCCAAGCCCAGGUACUUCUACACAUCUGCCUAAGGUGCGGAGGGAUUCCCGCCGCCAGGAUGGAUUCCAGAGGAAGAGACUGUUUUCUCCAGAAUUCUUGGGACCUAUUGUGGGGGGCAUUUUUCAAACGGUUAAAACAAUUUGGGAGAAAAUAUUUCUUCAAGGCGGUUAUAGUUUCAUACUCAGCUUUUACAGAUGCUUUAUAGAGUUAAACAAAACUUUUUUAACUAAGUACCUGUAAUAUACCAGUAUUUCCUUAUUAUCUGCCCAUACAUUUUAUACUGCAUGUGUAAAAGAAUAUGAUUAUGAAAUUUACAUUUUUAUAAGGUAAAAAUGAGAAGGCUUCAAAGAUUUAAGUCAUCUGAUCGAGUGUCUGUUUUUCUCAGGUUAAAUGGACUGGGAAAAGGAGAAGAGGGAAAUAGUGGUAAAAAUUGUCAGCCACUAAAUAUUCUAAAAGAAAUGUAAAAAAUAAAUAUGUUUUCAUCUGUUAUCUACUUAAAGAAGCAAAAUCAUUUCCUAAAUGCAUAUCAUUUGUGAGAAUUUCUCAUUAAUAUCCUGCAUAAUUGAUUCUCUGCUAAGCUUUGCGUUAACUCGAUAUGUCGUUUAGGAAAGAAUUCCUUCAUGGCCCAAACCUGUUGCAAUAGUAAGGCCUUCUUAUGUAGGGAAAUGCUAAGAUGAAAAUUUCUCUUUUAAAGUGGUAUGUGGGGUUGGGGUGUGGGAAAAUGACAUACUGUUUUGUGUGUAUAUGUUCAGGUCCAGAGUAGAUUGAGUUGAAAGAUGGGCUGGGUCCAGUUCAUUGUGCCUGACUGGUAUGAUUUGGUUGUGCUGCAAAGCAUGAGAAAGGCCAUUCCUGUCACAAAAGUAACACUAAAACAGCCUUAGGAGAGGAGACGGCUUGAAUUUUUCAUCUCAGUUGACCAGGCUCUAAUCAUAUAGACACGGCUUCUGAUAGAUUGCUACUAUAAGCAAAAACUUAAAUAUAGUUAAAAACCUGGUCUUGCUUGGUUCACCUAUUUAAAAUAUCCAUUGUAAAACAUGCAACAGGAGAAUUCAGCAAUGUGAGAUGGAUUAUUAUUAUUUUUUUUUUACCAUUUGUACUUACACAAUGAAAGCCAGUUCAUUUGAUAUAUCAAAUUAUUUUGUAAGUUGCAGAGUAAGCAACUGCGGUUUUUAUUAUGAAUUUUUCCAAG